AUGACUUUUAAAUUAUCUGCUCUUCCUAAUGAAAUUCUUUCGCAGGUGUUUAGUCUAUUAAACUCGCGUACACUAGAGCGUAGUCUUAUGCGUGUAAACCGUAAUUUCAGAAUUAUAGCUCAUGACAUUCUUUCACAACGCGUGACCAAAGCAUUUAAAGAGAAUGGUUAUUAUUUAGUUCUCGAAGUUUCAUGCAAUUCUCUAUUUGCAAACCAACUAAAUUUCCUCUACAUGGAAGAUUCGCCCCGAUGUCACUUCUCAUUUGCCUCAGAUCAUCCACCACAAUACAUAUUCUCGGUGCAAAAGUCAAAUUCGGCGUGGGUGAAUCUGAUCCGAAUGCAUCCAGUGAAAACGGACAGAAUCACAAAACUAUAUAAAGUGACAGAAGGUGAAAUCGAUCUUGAGAACAAUAAUGAUAAUUUUUCGUCAUCAAGAAUGAUGUUAUUUCAACAACAGAUAGGACAGCCCAUCGAGCUCCCGAUUGACAAUCAUGGCGGUUCGUUUGGUAAGAUUAUCGUAAAGUUUAUCGAGACGUUGAAGCCGGGUGAAUUUAAAGUUGAAUUGGAAGAAGUUAUUGUGAGUGUUGCUGAAAUAUUUAAUGCACUUGAAGAGGAAGAAGAGGAAUUGGAAUUAGGAGAAAUAGAGAGUUCAAAAAAUUUGGAUACGGAUUGGAGAAUUCAUAAUUAG